GUUUCCCAGUAGAAACGCCCUGAUGGGUGGGUCCUGACAAAGCGCCCCAACUCCGGCAGAAGAAAACAGAAUAGAUUAUGUGAGAUACACAACUCUGUGUCUCAAUAUUGUGCAAUAUCUUUAGUAAAGUAAUCGAUAAAACAAAUCAUGCGAUCAGCUGAUCGACGACGGUACACACGAGACUCCGGUUUGUGUUUCCAACCACGGCACGUUAUGAUGCUACUGUUGCUGUUGCUGGGUGCCUGUUUCUGUGUGGGCAUCUCAUAUGACGAGGAGGACUAUGGGACCACACUCAGGAUAAGGCUGUCCAGAAGGGCUGUAUCCCUGGAGUUCACCCCGAUGUACAGCUCUGAUGUGACAAUCUUGUGGAAGCGUGAUGACCCCCCAGCCCAAGAGGACCAAAGGAGGAAGGAGAUGGGCAGCUACUUUGUGAUAUAUUAUUCAACCCAGGGAGACAGUGGCAGCUACAGAACAAAAGACAAACAUGGGCUCAGUGUAUCUCGCACAAACAUUAGGGUUGUAGCAAUAAAGAAGUUGUAUAAAGUGAAACUUAAUGACAUGGUCAAGUUCGUUUUCCCCCUGGAACUAAACUCCUGCAACAUUCAGUUCUUCCACGAAAGCGACGAAAGAGGGACUGAGAUUGUUAAGCAUGGUCAGCAGCUGGAUUUCUAUGACUCUGAAUGCACAGGGUGGGAGAUGAUAAGGCCAUGUAGCCUUGGAAUAAAACAUACCCAAACGGCAUGCAGCGGGCGCUAUCUGGGCGUAGAUCAAAAUGGCCAUACAGCCUUAGAGGCGACACUGGAAGUGGAGUCAGCGCCUUUUGAUGCAUCUAAAAUCGGUAUUGGAAUUGGUAUUUCGUUUGCGGUUACUGCCUUCUGUACCUGCUUGAAGUGCUGCUGCUGUGGAAAGAGCUCCUCCAAAAGUGACGAACCUGAGACUCCGGAUGAGGAGCCUGCAGUGCAGCACCAUCAGUAUGACCAUGAGCCUGUUGGACCGAGCCGAGAACCACUGAGUCCUCCUGCUGAAACACACUACCCUGCUCACCCCUCUUAUACUCCGACUGGUCCAUUGAUACACAAUCCUCCUGCAGUGGAUGUACCGCCAUCUGAGAUUUCAGCUCCAACUGUCCCCUUCCUCUCUGAGCCCGGGGAGCGGUUUGAACUGAAGGGGAAGGCCUUUUCUUCUUCUUCUUCUUCUGCCCCACUCAGCUCGGACUCACCUACCUGUUAUGUUUAUACCUCAGACAAAUUAAACUUCCUCUGAAAGCCCGGAUUUUGAAAGGUACACUCAAAUGUGUAAACUGACUCUUUAGAGCGACAUUAAAGAAUUAGUUCAACAUUUUGGGAAAUACACAUUUUCACUGGUGGCUUCCUGUAGCCUCUGCCGGUUGCCUGGCAACUGGUCCCAGCAAAGAAAUAGUCUGGCACAGGAGCCCCCCCAUAAAACAGCGCAUUGUGACUGUUUUUUUGUGGAUAAAGAAACAAGUAUAACGUUAAAUAACAAGCUUUAGAGGGGCUCGUAGGACAGUGGGGCUAACUAUUGCUUUAUAGGGCCAGUGUGUAACAUUUUAGAGGAUCUAGAGGCACCAGAUCUAGGGGGAUAUCUGGACCAGCAGCAAGGGUUACAUGGGCUAGGGAGCAUUGUGUAAUAUAUAUAAACAAUAUAUAAACUAUAGGUUGAUAGAGAGAUGACGAAAGUUAGCGUCUUGCUCAUGCCAGAGCUUGUUUAUUUCUGACACAUUUACAAACGAUUUCCAGUCACAUUUUCAAGCUUCCUGAUUUAAGUGCAUGUCAAAUUCUUACCAAAUUCACAAAUUAAACAACAAAUGCUGUAACUAAACUACAAUAAAUAAUAUAAAACAUUUUGUCUAAAUUAAAACAAGUUUACAUGAAUUCAAAAUAAAGGUAACACAUUACAAAUAAACAAAAAUUGGCUUAUCGUGAAA